ACAAGUGAAUAGGAAACAUGCACAUAUUUUAAUAUAAUUUAAUAUAAGCUUGCCUUUGUCACUAUGCAUUUUUUGUGAUUUAAAUCCAAAGCUGGAGUUUAUCAAGGAUGGUUGGGAAUAAAAAUAAAAAAAUUUCAGUUUAGGACAAACACAAACCACAUUCACCGUUUAUUGUUUCACUAAUGGCUCUUUCCUGCACGUUGCAUGCCACUGUUCACAGGCUAUUUGUCAUUUUUAAAUCAUAAUGGGGUGGAGGGUGGUCAGUUGUUGGACAUUUUCUUCACCUUUGUAUUUGCCUAUGGCAUCUACCUAUUUGCCUAUUGUGUAGAAUAAAACAUCCGUGUAGAGUAAAAAAAAAAGUCCAUUUCCAUCUGUACUGCCAGAAUGUGGAACUCCUCAGUCUGCUGUGCUUUCGAGUCCCCUAUUUUGUACAUAGUUCUACCCCCUAUACUUAUCACAGAGUUCAUUUUUGGCCUCACAGGGAACAUUUUGGCCCUCUGCAUGUUUGCCUUCCAUGUGGAGGAGUGGAAGCCAAACUCUAUCUACCUGGCAAACUUGGCCGUGGCCGACUCAGUGGUGCUCUUCUUCGUGCCGUUCAGAGCUGACUACUACAUCAGAAGCCAGGACUGGAUCUUCGGAGAUGCCUUCUGCCGCAUCCUGCUCUUCCUCCUUGCAGCCAACAGGACUGCCAGCAUCUUCUUCCUCACCGCUGUGGCUGUGGACCGUUACCUGAAGAUUGUGCACCCACUACACCGUAUAAAUCGAAUGAGCCUGAGCUACGCCAUGUGGGUCUCUGCAGGCCUAUGGACUAUGGUUUUACUUCUCUCAACUCAGUUACUGGGCACGUCGCACUUUUUUAGCGUCGGCAGCCGUGUUCAGUGCGAGAGCUUCAACAUAUGCUUGGACAAAAAUCCACUGUCGAUUUGGAACAAUGCCUUUUAUGUGAUCCAGUUCUGCAUUCCAGGUAGCAUCAUCAUCUUCUGCACAGCCUGCAUUACAUGGCAGCUGAAGACUAAGACCAUGGACACCACAGGCAAGGUCAAGAGGGCAGUCCAGUUCAUUUUCGUCGUCGCCAUGGUCUUCCUCAUCAGCUUCUUUCCAAGCACUGCUUCACGGGUCGCUGUUUGGGUCCUGAAGGCCUGGUACAAAGAGUGUUCAUACUUCUUUGAGGCAAAUCUGGCAUUUUAUAUUUCAGUCUGCUUCACCUAUUUGAAUAGUACACUAAAUCCUCUGGUUUACUACUUUUCCACUCCUGCAUUCAGUGGUGUCAUACAGAAACUUUUCAGGAGACUCACAGGGCAAAAAGAAAAGGUGUCUUUAUGAACAGCCUAGAGUAACAAAGAAAUUAAGUAAAAAAUUUAAAUAAAAAAAAAAAUGCUAUUAUUACAUAUAAUAAAGAUUCCUUUAAGAAGUCUACAGAUAAAAGUUUCAGUACUGUAAUCUUAUUUAGGUUUCUUCCUCAUAUCGUCUCAGGGACUUUUUUCUUGCCACCAUUGCCUCAUUGGCUUGCUCAUUAAGGAUAAAUGUAAAUUAAAAAUGUUAACUUUAUAAUGUUUACUCUGAUUUUUUAUAUUCCUGUCCAUCUGCAUUGCAACAAUGUCCAUUGUUAAAAAGUGCCAUUCAAAUAACAGAGAAUUGAAUUGAAUUUAGCUUUUUGUUCUAGCAAACUAGAGUCUGAAAGACCAGGUGGUCGGAGCAUUAACUGUGUAAAACACUACAUUAGGACUAUAAGGUAAUACAAGGUAAUGCCACCAUUUUGUGACAUCUGGACUCAUAUUGACUUGCAAAGUGUCUCAUCGCAUGCUAAGCUUGACAACAAUGAGGCAGUUUGCAUAUUUUUUAUGUAAUCUUUCCAUGGGAAUGUAGACCAAUAUUCAAAAAUUGAAAGACAUUCAUUUACAUUUUAAAGGUGGAGUGAAUUAAGAAUAGGCAAAAGCAAGAAUUCCCUCAUUCCCACACACCUGUGACGACUUUAAGUAAAAUAUAUACCACAAUGUAAACUAUGUGGAUGGUUAAAAUGUCCUGAUGGCACCAGUAAUUGGAGUUCUUUCAUUUUCAUCUUUGUUCUUCUUCAAUUUUUAGGUAAAUGUUGGGUAUUUAGACAAUUCAGAAUUCUGAUGGUUAUUUCUUUUUUCUGUAUUUAGUCAUGAA